CUCAAACACUCAAUUUCACCACCAGAGACCCAAUUCCCCAGAAUGGCACCCACUAUCCUCAUCAUCGGCGCAACAGGCAACACAGGCCGAAGCGUAACCGAAGCCCUACCCCAGCUUCUCCAAGCCAGCAACACCAUCCUCUCCUCCCAUCGCAUCCUCGGCCUCACCCGCUCCCUAGACAGCCCCGUAGCAAAGCACCUCGCCACCGUGCCAGGCGUGCAGAUGCUCGAGCACAACUGGACCGAGAUAACAGCCGACUGGCUCCGCGCCCACGAAGUGAGACGAGUCUUCAUCGCCACACACAUCGAACCCAGCCAAUUCGUCGACGAGUCCGGCUUCCACCUCGCAGCCCUGCACGCGGGCGUCGACUACGUCGUGCGCAUCUCGACGAAUGCGCCCAACGUGCGCCCGGACUUUGGCGCCGGCUACGCACGCACCCACUGGGCCAUCGAGACGUUGCUCGCCUCGCCGCCGUUCCGUCCCCUUCAGUGGACCUCAUUGCAGCCGAACGCUUUUGCGCCGCUGUAUCUCGGCACCGCCGUGGAGUUCAUCAAGCGGUUUCGUGAGACAGGGGAGCAGGGUACGCUGCGGUUGAUGGCGUCGGAGGACGCGCCUGUCGGGUUCAUUGAUCCGGAUGAGAUUGGGUUGCUGGCUGCGCGGCUGUUGGGCCUGGAGGAUCCUUCCGUGCAUGACCGCGCUAGGUAUGUGGUCAAUGGACCGGUGGAUGUGACCGGUCGUCAGAUUGUGGAGAUGGUGGAGCGCGAGAUUGGGGUUAAGGUGGUGGAUGUGAGGUAUAAGGAUAUCUCGUUUGUGGAUGCCCUUGUUGAUACGCGGUCCCCGGCUGGGGAGAGGCAGGCUGAACGGCUCGAAUGGUCGAUCACGCAUGCGUUGCAGGCACUCUGGGAGGGCAAAUUGGCGGCGGGGACGGUUAGUAAGGAGGUGCUGGAGCUGGCGGCGCCGAAGCGGACACCCGCUGAGGUGUUGAAGGCUAUGUUGGAUGCCUGA